UCUUCCUUUGUGCAAUAUUCAGCAAAAAUUACAUUAGAACAAAAUCGGAAAAAACAGAAAAUCUUUGCUGUACAAAAUUUAAGUAACAGACAUCUUAGGAUGCCGAUCAGCCAACACGAUCUUGGCCGUUUAGCCAGCGCCCCGAGCAGCAAGAGCAACUCGAGCAAUACGUAUCUCAGCUAUUCGGAUCUAGAUCUGGGCAGCAAGUCUUGCGGCGGAGUAUCUCUGAGAGCGGAACCUAGCUGCAAUCACUGGAAGUUCUGCGAGAAGGUGCCCAAUCGCUCAGACGUGGAGGCCGACUCAUUGGGCAGUCCUGUGGGUCUCGUCUGCUCAAAUGCCACCGUAAACAAUCCCUGCGGAAGUUCUCCCAAGCAGGAGGAGGCGAAUAUUCUUAACUUCGCCACCUAUCUUAAGGCAUUCGCCUUGAUUUAUGUCCUGCCCGAAACGGACUGGACCGCAGAGAAGAUCGACAUGCUGCUGGAGGAGGGCACGGAAUUAUUUCGGGCCAGCUCGGAUGUGAGUCAAGGGCACGACGACCCUGACGAAAACAAACUACUGGAGCCGGAGAUCUACACAAACGAAGAAAAGCGGAUCAAGAGAAAUUUCAACCUAGAAGGCCACACCUUUACUUUGGCAUUGGAACCCCGCUAUCUGGGGGUAGGAUCAAAGCCCCUGGACCAGCAGCCGCCGCAUACCAUCAAAAAUCUAGGGACAAUUUUACAGAAUUUCUUCAAGUCCAGCCGCUACUGUCUUCUUCUUACCCGAGUUGGUCACUUGCUCAUCUGGCGCCGUAAAAGGGUUUUUUUCGUCCUUGACGUUAAGGGCAGAGCCAAGGACGACCUGGCAACCGUAAAGGAUAACGGAGUGGCAAUGCUGGUAUGCCUGAAGUCCAUUGAUAAUGUUGUCCAUCUGGCCAGUAACUUGAGCGGAAUCUCCCCGCGAGAUGAGUUCAGCAUCCGGGAACUGGUGGUUGUGCGCCUAGAGACCCCGGAUGGACGCAUCUAUAUGCGCGACACCAGCCAUCGAUCCAUCGAAUUCAAGGUGGUAAACAAGAGUUAUGCCUAUCUGAAGGGCACACUGCAUCUGUCGUUAAACCGCGACGAUCCGGUGAGGAAUCGCAGUAGCCUUAUGGUGGCCGUGGGCUCGGUCCUGGCCAGCAAAAUCGAUCACCCGGCCAACUGGGACACUAAUAUGCUGGAUCGUUUAAUCAGCUAUGGAGUGGAAUUGUGCAGAAAUUGCUGGGCGGAUUGCUUGAGGGAUCGACGACCCAUUGACCUGGACACCUUUCCGACCCAACUUAGAAUGGGACAGUUUGUGUUGGAGCUCAAGCUAAUUCCGAAUGUGAGAACUGGUCACUGGAGGUGUGGCGUCCGCAUCAUUGGUACCGAAUUCGAAGCUCACGUCUCGCAGGCUCUCAAGGAGCGUGGCAACGUGGUGUUCCAGAUCAACAAUCAAAUGUAUGCCAUUUGGCUUAAGGAUGGGUUCUACUACCUCGUCGAUCCCUAUCGCCACACCAUCGUGGGCACCCAUGUGGCGGAGGACAAGGCUGAGGGCGCCAAGUGGGCCACGGUGCGCAUGUUUCGCGACCAGCUGACCAUGCUCAGCGUGUUCCACCAGCUGCUGAAGGAAUCCAACCGGCAGUCUGCCUACUAUGUCCACGUGGUGCGAAUACGUAAUCUUGCCGAGUGUCCAGAGGGAUACGCCCUGGUGCCUAUGCCCGAUGGUAAGGACAACUGCGAGGUGAAGUCCCUGAACGAAACCAUCUUGUUUAAUGAUCAGCAAUGCGUCAGAGUGUGUAACAAAACCCUGGCGGAGAUCAGCGACUAUGAGGAGGAUGUGGUUAGUCUUCUUACAGAUAAAUCCGACAUUGAUCAUUUUCAAAUCCUGGAUGAGCAACAGAAUGCAGGGGCAGAGUGCGAAUUUUGUGAGGAAGAGUUCCGCACGGAAUCCCUAAAGAGACUACCAAAGAACAAAACUACUAGUUCGAAAAGCAGAGUCGGUCUUUCCAAAAGGGAGCAGGACAUAAAGGACACCUCCGGCAAAAGGUCUGCCACCAGGCAAGCAGGUGGCAGAUCCUCAUCCACAAAGUCACCUGGACUUACCAAAUCUAGAGAAAAUACAUCACAUAGGAUUGCAAAAAGAAGUGAGCUCCCCUCAAAGCAAACUGAACUCGGGACCCAUUCUCCUCCAUCAAAGGCUCAUGUAAAGACCACACCUAACGUAGCACAGCCUUCUAGCAGGAUUCUGAAAAGCACUAUAAAGCCUAGGGAAGUUGGAGACAGAUCGUCCAACCGUUCUCACAACAACACUCUUGGACGUUCUAGAUCUAGAGAAGUGCCACUUCCUGAGAGGAUUACAACAAAAAAAAGGCAGUUCAAAAGGCAGACUGGAGGCAUGUGUUCUACAGAUCCUCUUCCCACUUCCCCCGAACGUUGUAAACCCAGAGAAGUGCCUUCUCCUGGUAGAGCUAUAAAAAAGAUUGUGAAAUCAUCCAGACAAACUGGUGGCACAGCUCUCAGUCCUUCUCCGGAAGUGUCCUCACUACGAUACAGAUCCAAGGAAGAUGUUACUUCUGGAAAGAUUAUGAUAAAAUCCGAAAAUACUAAGGACAGUGGCUCACCCGUAAAGCCCCAUUUACGUUCCAAGUCUAGAAACAGGUCACCUGGUAAGUGUUCACCACGCCGAACCCCAUCAAGCAAGAUGGCUCCCAAGGUAGAUGAUUCCAAGGGAGGAAACGCCGCCCCCGACUUAUCAAUCCCCAAAGAAGCCAUUGGUACACAGGUGGCCAAUAAGGAAGCCAGCAACAGAAAAGGAGCACUUGCCAGCAAGGGAGUAAUGCUUCUGCGCAAAGUAAAUAUGAAAACGAUCACCGCCAUUGAACCGUCGAAAAAUGAGAAAAAGGAGGAGACUCCAACUCACAUACUGCAGCAAUCCGUGGAUAAGUCUAAAUGUCUGGGCGUAGCUCCUUUGGCCGCAGCUCACCUGAAUACACCGGCGGCCUCCAACUUUGUCAACGAACUAGACCAAAUGGAAAAACCCCCAUCCCCAAAGAUGAAUGUUCGGAAUGCAGAGCAAUAUAUCGAACAACCCAAAAACAGUUGCUGUCGUGGUGCUGAUGAGGAUUCCAUGGAGGGAAUCGGGUCCCGAAUGCCGGUCAGAUUUCCCGGCUUUAGUCGAGUGCCCCAGCUCCUGGCCGUCGCCGGAUCCGAGAGUGGUACCGUGGAGAGCCUGAACCGGGUGCUGGGCUCCGCCUUCAAAGUGGCCAACCGGGUGCUCACGAUGACGCCGUGGGGCAACUAUGUGGUCUUCAGGCAUCAUCCAACCGACAGGUCGGAGUCGGCGGCCACGUGGUUCUACGUUUUCGAUGGCUGCACCUGCGACAUCGAUCGCUUCCGCCACCUUGAUCUCUCCACGGGCACGGCUGGAUUGAUCGCGUUCCGCAAGCAAUCCGAAGUUGUGUGCCACAUUAUCGAUUCGCGGGAGGAGAAGGCAUUCAAGAUGCUGCGUUCCGGACAGGUGGAUCCUCCCCGCAAGAGGAUACAAAGGCUGUUGGCUCACUGACACUCGAUAUUCUCACCUUUAAACAUUCAUUUGUACUGAAUCAAAUUUUAAGUAAACUAAACGAAAUUAGAAGGAAUUCAUGGCAAAUAUAA